AUGAAGGGCUGUUUUCUGCAUGGUUUAAAGCAUCAAGCUUGCAACAACUUGGAGCAGUUUGAACCUGCAGUUUGUGAUCGCCCCAGCCUGGCCCACAAACUUCGGAAUGCCAUCUCGAGAUUGGAUACCGCGAUAACCCCGAGAACCACUUUGACUUUCCUUGAUCAGCAUGUUGAUGCCGACUGGAAACUUAUGGAAGUUAUCUUGACAUGGAAGAGCCACAAACCUGUCCAAGUUCCUCGUGUUAUCACACCUACCAAUUCAAGUAUCCUUACUCCGAUGGCACAGUAUGUGAGAAUGAGACUGUCUCCAGUGGUUGCGAAACUUCCUUUUGUGUUGCAUGAUUCCGCACAGCUUGUUUCCAAGUUAGAAGCAUUAAACUUUCCAGAUGCUUGUAUAUUGGGCAGUGGUGACAUUGUUGACGUUUACCCAAGCACAACACCAGACAUGGUUGCAAAGAAUGUGUACGUUGCUUUAUCGUUAGCUGGGUACAAUGAUGCUCUUGCAGUAGCCGACCUCGCUUAG